AUGGGCGAACAGCCCAACCCUUGGAACAUACUACAGCCCCAGGUGGCGAAGAGCCGACAUCGAGGUGCCAAACAUGGUAUUUGUGAACCUGUUUCUGGAUCUCUACUUUACGGAAACAAUAUUAUUUCCGGUGCCAUUAUUCCUACUUCUGCAGCUAUCGGUUUGCACUUUUACCCAAUAUGGGAAGCAGCAUCCGUUGAUGAAUGGUUAUACAAUGGUGGUCCUUAUGAACUAAUUGUUCUACACUUCUUACUUGGUGUAGCUUGUUACAUGGGUCGUGAGUGGGAGCUUAGUAUCCGUCUGGGUAUGCGACCUUGGAUUGCUGUUGCAUAUUCAGCUCCUGUUGCAGCUGCGACUGCUGUUUUCUUGAUCUACCCAAUUGGUCAAGGAAGCUUUUCUGAUGGUAUGCCUCUAGGAAUUUCUGGUACUUUCAACUUCAUGAUUGUAUUCCAGGCUGAGCACAACAUUCUUAUGCACCCAUUUCACAUGCUAGGCGUAGCUGGUGUAUUCGGCGGCUCCCUAUUUAGUGCUAUGCAUGGUUCCUUGGUAACCUCUAGUUUGAUCAGGGAAACCACAGAAAAUGAAUCUGCUAAUGAAGGUUACAGAUUCGGUCAUUUUUCUCGAAUUUUUUGGCGAUGCAUUUGCUCUCCAAACGUUGGUGGCCGAGGUCUCGAAUGUCUUGGAGACGACGGUUCAUCUCCUCGAAAUCUUCCUUCAACUCGAGAUCAGAAGACGACUCCACUGGUUUUUUCCUGGUUCACUUAUCUUUUCUUCUACCGGGCGGUCGGGCCAACUCUUCUUCAACUUGCUCGUCAACGUCCACAACAACAUUUAGAUCGACAUUGCGGGCAUCAGAAGUUGGUGUGUCAGGGUCAACGGAGGAUGACGUUUUUGACCGUUUAG